AUGGUGGAAAAGACAGAAAUAUCAAAGGCGUUCACAGAGUCACUGACCCAUAUGGAUAAGUACAAGCUAUGCCUCGACACUGUCUUCGAAGCUCUCUGUGCUGUAAUCCAGGAAAAUCCUUCAUUUCGGAUAGGGGAAUAUAAAACGGACUUGCUCCCUCAUGAUGGACAUGAUAGACACGAGCUCGUUGCCGCAUGUCUUCGAAAUCAAAGCGGUCUUGAAGAUUACAAGAAUCAUAAGACACAAAUGGAAUUAUAUGAUAAGCUGGGUGAGGAACAACGUGACUAUAUUCGAAAAGCAAAACGCUCAAUAGAGAACAUACAAACGUUCAUCAAACAUGACUAUUGGGCAAUUGGAGCCAAACGAACAGAGCUCGAAAAAUUACGAAGAGAAAUGGAUUUUACCAAAGCAGAACUGAAGGCAGCAAAAGAUGCACAGCUGAUUGCUAUAAAAAACAAUCUCCACAAUAUGGCCGUAUCAGCAUUUGAAGAGAAGCUCAGACAGGUAACUGCAUUGGUGGACGAGCUACCGAAAAACAAAGCAACACACUUUGCCGAAUUGGAAGGAUGGGUUAGCUGCACGUUAGAAUACCACCAGAAAAUGGCUCAGUUGAAUCGGGAUGCCGAAAAAGGCUAG